AUGAUGUCCUUAUGCUCCUUGCUGUCCUCUGUCCUCGUACUGAACACAAAGGGAACGCUCAACGAGAGCGUGUUCAGCUCGCUUGCACUGGUUUGCCGAUUUGCUGAGCACAUGGAGGAACGGAGCCAGGAGGUGAGUCGACCAGCUCUGCUGUGGGCGCUGAGGGAUUUCGUGCUGGAACUGCGUGACGCUGCUGGUCACACCAUGAGUGCUGAUGAAUACCUGGAGCAAGCUUUACAUGCUGCCGAUGCACGGGGGGCUGGCAAAGAGGUGCGGCAGAACCUUCUUCAGUUCUUUAACCACAGGAGUUGCACUACGUUGGUCCAGCCAGCAGGUGCGGAGAAUGACAUGCAAAACCUCAGUGAAGUGCCUUAUUCGUCGCUUCGCAGCGAGUUUCGCGCUGGCGUGGAGGCCAUGCAGGCGCAACUCGUUGCGAUAUGCCAUUCGCAUCCCAAGAUGGUGGGCGGGCAGUCGCUUGGCUGCGCCUCCUUCGCGGCUUUGUUGCAGCAUCUUGUCGAGGCGAUGAAUGAGUCAAAGCAGCUGAGUGUGAAAGGCGCAUGGGAUGCGGUGCAGCACACCACCUGUGGCAGCCUUGCUGACGAACUUCGGGGUAUCGCUUCCCAGAAGCUGAAGCAACUGAAGUCUGGCCAGGCCUUGCCCGAUGGCACACAGCUCCCCAUGACAGACGAAGCCCUUCGAACUUUCUUCCGAAACCAGCGCCAUGAGUUGAAAGACAGAUGGGAGCAGCAAGCGGUCGGUGAUGAAGAGGUGCGCAAGGAGUACUGGCAAGAACUCAAGGAGACGCUUGCCCGUGAGGAGCAGCAGGUGCGGCAGCACAACGGUCGUCUUGCAGACCAGCAGCUGUCUCAAAGCCUGAAGUUGUGGCAGGACUGGCUUGAUAACUCCGAAGGUACCAUUGAAGAAGGCGAAAAGAUAUCAGCAGAUCUAGGCAAGCUUCUGGAGCACCUUCCCACUGCGACUGUUGCCCGAGCUGGGCGUGCAGCUGUUGAGGCUGCCGCAAGGCGUGUGGCAGUGGCUCGCACCGCUGUUGUUGCCACCGUUGAGCAAUCUGCGGAAGCCCAACGGCGUGCUCUCGCAUGGGGAGAGCAGGCAGCCAAGCUGGAAGGCAACGUUCGCGCUGAGCUUGAGGCCACGAAGGCGGCCAUCAAAAAGGCCGCAGAUCGCUGGCGCCAGGCGAGCCAAAUCAAGGAGGCCAAAGAAGUGGAGAUGCAGGGGAAAAUGGCAGAACUCGAUGACGGGCAACAGCAAAUGGAGUCAGCACAAGCUGAGCUUGAAGAGGCUCGGGCUCGAGAGACAGAGCUGCAGGUUCUCAACAGAACCGGUCAGGAGAAGGAGGUAAGCUUGCAGCAGGAGUUGGAGGCUGCUCGCGCUAUGGCAUCAAAGGCUGCUGCGGAACGCCUUGCUAGCCAACGUUGCAACGAAGCAGCUGCUGAGGCUGCUGGUCGACAGAACCUGCAGCUCCAGGAGGAGCUCCGUGAGGCCCAGGUGGAGCUCCAGCGAGCCAAGGAGCAGCUGAGAGCAGAACGAGAGGAGCUGAAGCGGGAGCGGGAAUCACACCGAGAGAAACACCAGGAGAAGAUCCAGGACUUGCACGUGCAGCUACAUGCCGAGAGGAAAGCACUGACCGAAGCUCAUGAUUCCGACCGUACAGAGCACCAGCAACUGCUGGCCAGUGUGCGACACGAGCUCGAGGAGGCAAGAAAGCAGCACUCGGAGAGCAAGGAAGGCACCAAAGGCCAGCUCCUGGAGCAUGUGCGUCACAUCGGUACCCUUGAAGGGAAGGUUGCCGGCCUCAACACUGAGGCAGACUUCCUGAAAGGACGCAUAGCUGAGCUUCAGGACACCUUGAAGGAGUCUGAGGCGCACAUGUUCAAGCAGUCCCAGGGAAUCACCUCUCUCCGCAAAGAGCUGGAGAAGGCAAAGGCUGAGUCUGGACAUGCUCGGGCCGAGGGUGAAGAGAGAAUCGGUGCCUCAAACGAGAAGUCGGAGCUGUGCACUUCCACCGACUUUGCCUGCUUCUCAAAACAGCUGACCUCACAGCUCCUCAAGCCUUGCAAGCGUCGGGUGGCAGUUGCAUUGGCCGGUGCCGGAACUUUCGCCAGAAAGGCGCAUUGUCCAUCCCUUGUACUGGACGACAAAGACUGUUUCGACUUACGGGCAGUGUGGAGCAAGUCCGCAUCCUCGGCGCAAGCCCUAUCGGAGCUAGUUGUCAGACAUGGUGGAGCACCUCCAGUGCCCCUCUGGGGGGAUCAGGGUUGGAGGGAGAUCCUUUCCGGCGAGCUGAAGCUGGAAUUGGUCGACGUCGUGCUGCCAAUUUCGGUGCAGCCAUCCUUUGUAACAUCAGCUUUGGCGGUCGGCCUUGCAGUCGUGUCAGAGAAGCCGGCAGCCGCCAAUGUGAGUCAAGCAGAGGACAUGUUGGAGAGCCUAGAGAGCCACAACCGAUUCAAUGCAUGGUUUGUUUCUGAGAACUGGAGGUUCGAGCCAGCGUUUCGAGUGGCCCAGCUGGCCAUCAGCGCCGGGGCUAUUGGGCAGAUCAUAGCUUUCUCCGCAAGUUCCGUGACUUACAUGCCUGAUGACCUGCCCUACAUGAACCUCCAAUCCUGGCGAAUGCAGGAAGAUUCGAACUGGAUUGUGGAUGUGGCUGUGCAUUUCGCUGCUGCGUUGCAUCUUGUUUUGGGCAGCCUGGAGAUUGAGGGAGUUGUCAUACGACGUGUGAGGCCAAAGAUCUUGCCUUUUGACACGUUCGCAGCAUCUCUGCGGGCAGGUUCGUUGGACAAUCAGAUACCUGGAGCUUGGCUGUUCUCCUUGAGUGCCCCGAGGCCUGCCCCUGCAGAGAUUUCUGGCUUAUCGGAUUUGGACUUGCGGCUUUCUGGUACAAAUGGCACGCUCUGUGUCUCAAGAGCAAAGGUGGAACUCAGAGACAUGUCUGGACGCUUGGUGCAGAACAUAACUGGGCUUGCAGGUCCAAGUGUGGCCUACGCUCUGCGUGAUGUGGCGCAUUCUAUCUUGGAGAUGCAGCCUGCCGUGGACACGUCGCCGAGGGCUGCUCUUCGGGACCUCCGCCUCGUCGAAAGCUUGGAAAGACACGCAGGCUCUCCGGUUCAGGCCCAUGCCUUCUGCAGCGUCGCCUGGGCAAAAGUUGCCAUGGCCCUGGCGCGUCGAGUGAGCCUCCGAUGGUCACCUUUCGCGGGGCGGCAGUGCUCCUUCUGCGAAGCUUUGCACAGGUGCGCAGCUGUUUGCCAGAAGACUCGACUCAAGAUCCACCCAUUUGCUUCAAGAAUUUCGGUUGCAGUCGUGUCUACCGCUAGCGAAAGCCGUUGUCAGCUGGAUCCUGUGCUGAAGCGGCCACCGGGUGGGCUGAUAAACCUUCGAGCAUGCCUGUGCAACCGAUCUCUUGAGAAGGUGUUUGCAGAGGAUAUGCCGACGAGCAUUGCUUACGCACCAAGUGUGCGACGUUACAGGCUCCCGGGUCUGCUUUCGCGGCCGCUGCCUGGGCUUGAGUUCCGGGCGAAGGCUGAUGGACGUGACAUUGACUGCAACAUGGGCUGGUACUGCACCCUGCUCGCAGCUAGCGAGGUUUUCUCGGAGUCUGCACGCCUCAGCUACCUGCAGGCUACAGAAGAUGUGACUUUUCCGGACUGCGUUUCAGACAAUUUCGGUGGGCUGCGCAGACAGGAAUACAGUCUGGCAACUGGCUCCAAGAGCAGCUCCGGGCAUCUUUGCAUGACCAACUAUGUGGAUCCACGACUUAAGGUCGUGGGUGCAACCAGGACACUGAUUGCCCACGCGCUGCUGCUGGGCGCAUUCUUGGGUUGUGCAGGGCCACCCGGUUACUGCGAGCUUUCGGUUGCCCAGCCUUGGCGGCCGGCUUUUAAGAGGUUCUGGGAAGAAUCUUCAGCCUAUUGUCACCACAACUGGUCGGAAGAUCGUUGCGCAGCUGAAUUGAAGAUACAGGAGGUACUGGCAGAGGCCCAUGCCGAUGCUGCAGCCAUCUCCGCCGAUCCCACCGAGGUGAAGAGCUGUGCGCAUGAGCUGCUCACCACCUGGGUGCCCACUGGCCGUGCUCACGCUCAAGUUUCCCCAGGAAUCGUCACAGCUGCUGUUGGCCGCUUGUCCGCAGCGCAGACAAUGGACACAUGCGGAGAAAAGCAGCUGCAGCAGCAUCUUCAGCUAUUGUACUCCGUUCAAGCCUCGACCGCCAUCGCAUUGAGCAUCAGCAUUCAAGAAGGGUGGAAUACAGAUGAUCUGGUGGUGUUGACGACGUUCCAUUUUGCAUCUGAGCUUUGGCACUCCUGGUGGUGCGCCCCUGCUGAAUUCGCUUCAGUUUUCCCGGCACCUGCGAUGUUUGACUUUGAUGGAAAGGUCAGCGGAAACGGCCGCGUAAAUUUAAGCGGCAGAGGCGGGAGGAAAGGUGCUCGUUCUGCCGAAGAAAGCCGUUCGGACUUCGUCAAGCGUCAGCAUCAAGAGCGAGAGUCUCGGGAGCGCAAGAGGAUACGGGAAGCUGCUUCCAGAAGGAUCCAGGCUGUCUACCGGGGUCAUCGAUGUCGCGAGCUUCAAGGGGCAGAGAAGCGACAAGUCUUUGACAAGAAAUAUGCCGGCAUCAGCAGCAUCAGUGGUACUCUGCCACCACCGCAGAAGGCAAAGUUUGUCUUUCACGCGCUGGUGCCAUUGAUGCGGCUUUUUGCCUUGUUCUUCAGGAGAGAGAAAGACGAGGCCAGACUGUCUCAAGUGCUGGAGUUGGUGCUCUUCUCCGGUCUCCAGUCGGAAGGCUGCAACAUUUUCCAUGUCCUCGCGAUGGAGGAUUCCCAGGCGCCAAAAGACAUGACGCGACAAGGCCUGCUGGCGUUGCUGGAGAAGCUUCUGGCCGCGCUACUAGCUUGCCAGCGUUUCUUGGACGCUUCUCGGGUGCUGCUGACUCUGCAGAAAGCCAUGUUUUCUCCCAGCCCUGAAUACAAGGCGCUGGGGAUCAAUUCAGGUGUGACAGUUGCCAAGCUGCUGAGACGGCUUGAAAUUUUCCAGGUGCUGUCACCGCUGUGCAGCUCCUCUGAGCCAUUGCAGGUCGCCAACAUGGUCAAUCUGAUGUGCUCGGGCUUGGACGCCAUCUCUCUGGCAACGGUCGAGCAUUCGCUACGCUGUCGCCAGGAGUUGCUGGCACUUCUUUUGUCCACGCCGCAGAUCGGCGAGAGCUUGUGCACAAGUGAGGUGGCAAAGCCAAGCCUCACACAGUCGCUACAACGCUUAUGCAGCUUGCUCGUCCACACCGCGGGGGUUCUGGGGGCAGCCGCACCCAACAGGUCGUGCAGCCCUGCGCACAUCCUCGACAACAUCGCCGUGAUCCUGGAGAGAUUCGCUCUCCAUCAUGAAAGCGGCUUCUCCACAGCUUCCGGGGAGCUGUUGGCCUUCCUCCAUUGGCUGUCCUGGGCCAAGGAGCAGGUCGGCAUUGGGGCCGAGGAUGCCAAGGCAAGUGCCAGGGCAUCUGCGACAUUAAACCGUGGUAGCUUCGCUCGUUUGCUCCUCUCAUCCGUGGAUCGUGGCAGAGAUGAUAUCCUGUUGGCCAUAUGCCGCUUAUACUUUGCUCCGUCGGAUGGCACAGCGGAGGCUGAAUGUGACCCUCCUCAGGAGGUGCUGCAGACCCUGGCGUUUGCCACUCCUCUUGCAGAACGUUUGUUCCCAACCUUCCGAGGUUUGAUGAGGAAUCGGAGUGCAGAGGAUGUGUUCGAAGCUCUGGGCCCGCCUGCACUGGCAUCGCCAGAGGCCAUUCGACUGCGCGUCUUCUGCGCUGUGUAUGCCUUGCAGCUCCAGCCGAUGUAUGACUACGAGUUCUUCGGCGCUGCCAACCCCCUACGGCUAGAGGAGGUGCGGGAGUUGUUACCUUUCCUGAACCGGCUCACGUAUCACUUUGUGACCACGAUGCCAGACCAGGCGGGUCUGCUUCCUGCAGCCAGGGCUCUCCGCAGCAGCCUUACUUCCCUGAUCAGCUUGCUUUAUCAUCGUCAUCGGCGGAAAGCGAUUUUGGAGAGCGAUGGUGCUUGGAUCAUCCCAGAAUCGCGUACGCUGCUGCGGCGUGCUCCUCCAGCCAUCAACUUGGGCACUGAUAUCCCAGAUGAAUCGAUGGAGCCAAUGCAUGAUGAGGAUGAGCCUAUGGAGGUUGAUGAGGAGGAAGCUUCACAGGAACCCGAGCGAGGCAAUGCACCCAGCAUGCCCAGUACGAGUGCGACAUCCUCGCAGACACUGGCUGAAAGAGCUUUGCAAGCAACGCUGGCCGAGAUGCCUCAUGUCUUGCCGUUUGAGGACCGAGUCUCCAUUCUACACGCAGCCAUCCUUGCCGAUCAGGAAGAAAGGCGGGCGUACCGUGGUCCUUGGGGCCCGUCUGCCAUGGAGAAGCAUCAGAUACGCCGAAACUUCCUUGUUGAUGAUGGCAUCGCCGCUUUUGAAGGCUUGGACGACGAGCACGGGCUUCGCGAUACGUUUCGGGUGGAGUUCAUCGCACCUGACGGUACUCCAGAAAGUGGGGUGGAUGGUGGCGGCCUCUUCAAGGAGUUCAUGGUGCACAUUUGCCGGGAGAUGUUCGACCCAGAGUACGGCCUUUUCAGUGCCACAUCUGACCACACCUUGUACCCUGCCACGUCAGCCUUCACCAAACACCGGCAAGCUGCUGACUUGUACACCUUUCUUGGCAAGGUUGUGGGGAAGGCGAUCUACGAGAUGUUUUUGCUGGAGCCACAGUUCAGCAGGGUCUUUGUAAACCGUCUCCUCGGGCGCGUGAACGAGGUAGAUGACGUUGCAUCCUUGGACAGAGAACUGCACAAGAACAUGUUGCAGAUCAAGGAGUGCUCAGACGUAGAGGGGCUUGGCAUCACGUUUAGUAUCUCUGUCACCGAGAAGGGCGUGCACAAGGACAUCGACCUUAUUCCUGGUGGCAGUGACAUCCCGGUGACGCGCGAGAAUCUGACCCGCUACCUUCACCUGAUGGCCAACUACAGGACGAACGUGCAGUUCCAGCGACACACUGCCGCCUUCCUGACUGGGCUGCAGAAGGUGCUCCCUGUUGCCUGGCUGAAGAUGUUUGAUCCAUACGAGCUCAACACCUUGAUCUCCGGUUCCACCACCGGGUUUGAUGUUCGAGAUCUCCGUGCCAACACCGUACUUUCCGGCGGCUACCAGGACGACAGCCCCUGCAUUGUUUGGCUUUGGAAGCUUUUGCAAGAAGAUCUGGAACCAGAGGAUAUGGGCAGGUUCUUGAUGUUCUGCACAUCUUGCAGUCGCGCUCCGCUGUUGGGGUUUCAGAACCUGAAUCCGAAGUUCUGUGUGCACCGCGUGCCAGAUUCAGAACGACUUCCAACCAGCGCGACGUGUGCUAAUUUGCUGAAGCUGCCAGACUAUGUAAGCUACGAGAGCUUGAAGUCGAAAGUCCUUCAAGCCAUCCGUGCAGAAGCAGGCUUCGACUUGAGCUAG